AUGGAGCCCAGGGAAGCCGCUGGGAAGGAAACCAUGGGAAGCAAGAGAAAGAACCUGACCUUCUUGAGACCCAGGCUGUACAUGCUGGAAAGAAGGAAGACAGACACUGUGGUGGACAGCAGUGUUCCUGGGGACCACUCUGGCACCUUGAGGAGGAGCCAGUCUGACAGGACCGAAUACAACCAGAAACUGCAAGAAAAGAUGACUCCACAAACUGAGCGCUCCUCCACUGAGACCCCAACCCCUGAGGAAGAGCAACAGAUGAGAAAGAUGAUGGCAAAGCGGGCCAAAAUCAUCAGGGAGCUGAUACAGACUGAAAGGGAUUACGUCACGGAUCUGGAGCUGUGUGUCAGAGAAGUGGUCCAGCCACUGAGAAACAAACAGGUUGACAGGCUGGACGUGGAAGGCUUGUUUAGCAACAUUGAAUCCGUCCACCAGAUAUCUGCCAAGCUACUGUCCUUGUUGGAAGAGGCCACAACAGACGUGGAACCGGCCAUGCAAGUAAUCGGAGAGGUAUUCUUGCAGAUCAAAGGACCACUGGAGGAUGUUUAUAAAAUCUACUGCUACCAUCACGAUGAGGCCCACAGUGUACUGGAGUCCUACGAAAAGGAAGAAGAGCUGAAGCAACAUUUGAACCACUGUAUCCAGUCCUUAAAGAAUAUAUAUAUGCAAGAAGGCAAACCAAACCUGCUGGACAUGGGCUCUUUGAUGAUCAAACCUAUUCAGCGCGUGAUGAAAUACCCCCUGCUACUUUGUGAACUUCGGAACUCAACCCCUCCCUCCCACCCUGACUACAGAGCCCUGGAGGAAGCCUUCGCUGCUGUCAAGGACAUUAACGUUAACAUCAAUGAGUUGAAAAGAAGGAAAGACUUAGUUCUGAAAUAUAAGAAGAACGAUGAGGACGAAUCACUCAAAGACAAACUAUCUAAACUGAAUAUUCAUUCCAUCAGCAAGAAGUCAAAAAGAGUCACAAAUCAUCUCAAGAUCCUGACCAGAGGAGAGUCACAGGUGAAAGACAACACCUUUAACAGGGAAGAAAAGCUUUUUAGGUCACUAGAGAAGACUCUGAGGCUUUGCGUGAAGCACAUCUCUUCCUGCCUUCAGCACAUAGAGCAGGCCAUGCCCUUCCCUCCGCAGAGUGUGGCAGAACUCCGUGAGAUCUCAUACAAGGAUGGAGAGACAAACUGCGGGGAACCCCCAAACCAUGCUUUCAAUCCCUGCCAAGACUUUGUAGCUCGCUCUCAGAGACUCAUCUUGAGCCCCCUGUCAGCCUUGCUGUCCUUAUUCCCAGGGCCUCAGAAGCUCAUCCAAAAGCGCUAUGACAAACUACUUGACUGCAAUAGCUCCCUGCCGCGGUCAGCAGCCGACGAAUCAGACUUGGCCAAAAGAGAGUAUGAGGCCCUCAAUGCCCAGCUUGUGGAAGAGCUCCAGGCGUUCAACCAGGCUGCCAGGAAGAUCCUGUUGAACUGCCUGUGUAGCUUUAUCACCCUCCUCCGGGACUUGAUGCUGGUGGCUCUGCAGGCUUAUUCCACAGUCAAGCCGGUGCCCCUGCCGGUCUUGAGCAUCUCUGAGAUUCAAAAUCGAGUGCUGGAAGAGGUUCAAAACCUGAGUUUUGUAAAGGACAACAGUGCCACCUUCAUUGAGAGGAAACUUAGCUUUGAAAAGAAGAAGACUGCUCCGAGUCUGCCAGAAGUGCCACAUCAAACUGACGAUCACCGCUCCAAACUUCUGUCCACAUACGGAGCGGAAGAACUCUACCGAGCUAAACGCAAGUGCAAUGCCACCCAGGAGCACGACAUCAAUCUUCUAGAAGGAGAGUUGGUAGCCGUCCUGGAACAGAAGGAUCCCCUGGGAAGUACAAGCAGGUGGUUUGUUGACACAGGAUUUGUGAAAGGCUACGUGUAUUCCUCCUUCCUAAAGCCCUACAACCCAGCAAAGGAGCAGAAGGUAGAUGGUGAGAACAGAUUCUGUGAUGACGAUUUCGAGAACCUCAGCCUCUUUGUGUCUUGCCGGCCAGCUAGUGACAGUGUCACGGGUACUCCUGAAGGCAGCAUAAGCGACAGCAGUUCAUCUCUUAGUGGCACUUGUGGGAAGUUCGAAACAAACGGUGCUGAUGUUGAUCACUUUCAAGAGGUAGACGAACAGAUUUUCUAUGCAGUCCAUGCUUUCCAAGCACGAAGUGACCAUGAACUCAGCCUCCAGGAGUACCAGAGAGUCCACAUACUGAGGUUCUGUGACCUAAGUGGGAACAGAGAGUGGUGGUUAGCUGAAGCCCAAGGACAGAAAGGCUACGUGCCAGCUAACUACCUAGGGAAGAUGACAUAUGCUUAAGAAAAUAAGCAUAAAAUGACAUCAUUUCCUGACUACCUCAUG